GUCAACAUGGCGUCUGUUGGAGGCAUGUGCGUCCGAUCUCUGUACAAGAUAUCUCGCCAUUCCCAGUAUUUAUUACACAUACAACCGGCAAGAAAUAGAAGUUUAAGGUUAUCUACAACAUCAACCAAUGGUAAAACAGAUGAAACAGAAGGUGAAAAAGAACAAAAGCAACCAGAAAUUGCAGAAAAUGAACAAAAACUGGUUGAAUUAAACAAAAAAUAUGUAAUAGAAAUAGCUGAACUAAAGGAUAAAUAUAUAAGAUCAUUAGCAGAAACAGAGAAUGUACGAAAAAGAAUGAUGAAACAAAUAGAGGAUGCGAAAAUUUUCGGAAUUCAGGGAUUCUGUAAAGAUUUAUUAGAGGUAGCUGAUAUUUUGGGUGCAGCAACUGAAAGUGUUCCCAAAGACCAACUUACAAAAGAAAAUAUCCACCUUAAGAAUUUAUUUGACGGACUUACAAUGACAGAGUCACAGCUACAAAAAGUGUUUACAAAAAAUGGACUUGUAAAAGUUGCUCCAGGAGUGGGUGAAAAGUUUGAUCCAUUCGUACACGAGGCUUUGUUCGAAGUGCCAACAACUGAAAAAGAGAAAGGUACAAUUGCUGUUUUACAGAAAACAGGCUAUAGAUUAAAAGAUAGAACAAUUAGACCUGCUUUAGUAGGUGUUUUUAAAACAGGAUAAUGAUAUUAUAUUAAACAUUGUGCAGUAUGAUACAUUUUUACUCAAAAUACCUAUUUUUGUCAUCUACACAGAUUCAUAAUGAACAUCCAUGGAGAUGAUGCUUCCAUGAAACUGUUUAAAUACAACAAGAAUUGCUUUUUCAUGAAACUAAUGCCACUUAAAGUUGCAAUUUCAUAUUUUUACGUUAUAUUUUUAAAAUUUAUUAAAAUAAAGCCUUAAAAUAGAUGGUAUCUAUAAACAGUCCUACCUUGUUAAAGAAUAAUCCUAUUAAUCCUAUAAUUCACUAUUGCCAGUUGAGAAAUUGGCAAAAAUAUCAUUUUCCUCUUCAAAUUCAAACAUUUGAGGAUAGCUACUCCAUGGUGGAGAAUAGAAAACAAGGCAGGUAAUUGUGUUAUUAUUUCCGGUGUAAAUGAUUUUUAAGUGUGAGAAUGACACCUAUAAUAGUGAGUUGACAACCUAUUGAGCAAAAGACAUAGAAAUAAUUAUGUUUUGACUUUCUUAGAAAAUAUGAAAUUGUAACUUUAAGGAAGUCAGCUUAAAUGAGUAUUGAAAUUAGAUAAAUGCAUUUUGCAAUAGAUUCUUUUCUAAUUUUUUUUUUUUUUUUUUUUUUUUUUAAAUUUGAAAGUAAAUGAAUGCAACCUACCAUAUCAUUCUUUUCUUCUUUUUAAAAAGAAAAAUGACCAUUAAACAGGCCAUACCAAAUAUAUUUUAGUGUAACAAGUGUGUUAAAUGAAAUGUUUAUCUCAGUUAAACAUGUGCAAUUAUCCAUGGUACCUUUUCACAUAUUUGUUUUUGUUGGCGGUAAGACCCCAAAUUGGUAUUACAUCAGUUUUUUUGUCAGCAAUGGGAGAUAUUUAAUAUAUUAAAUCAAUGAAGUCAACUUACUUUAAUUUUAAAUUAACAGAUUAGGAAAUUAUGUUUAUUUCAAAGAUUCACAAUUUCUAAAUAUCUGAAAAUUCACCAAAAGGCAUAAAAAGUGGAUGAUUAUAUAUGCAUGUAAUUGAAUAUUCGACUCAUAUUCAAAUAAUGAGUUAAAAUACAUGUAUAUUAUUUAAAUGACCAUCGUUCAUAAGGUAGCACGUCAUUUCAGACUCAACACAGACGACCUUUCGGACUCACUCUGAGUCAAAGGGUAUCAUUUCUGUCAAACUUAAUAGAAGAAGAUCAUACAUACUUCUAUAAAUUUUAUUAAUGAAUUUGAGCUUGAGGGAUGUUAUAUUUGAUUACAUUGUACUUGAGGAACUACUCAUGAUUAUUCUGUUAGAGAAAAGAAAUAUUUCAAUUAUCGCAACUGGGCAUUAAGCUGCAUUUAACACAUAAGAUUUAUUUUUCACGUGAAAUUUAAUGGUUGACUGUUACUUGUCAUUGUUAAACCGGGGGUACAUAUAUAAAUGUUGCAUCCAGUCUAUAUUACAUUAUCAGACUUAGAAAAAAUAAAAACAAAUCUGUACCUGGAAUAUUUAUUAUAACGGAACACAUAUUUCUGUAAAUUAUUAGGUCUAAGCAUUUUGAUUGAUAAGCCUGAUUCAUGAAGAAUUAUGAAUACUGAAAUGGUAGAAACAUGUGUGAAUGUCUACUUUCGCUUACAUUUAGUUUUUAAUGGGUAAGAAUGCUGAUAAUUCUGUUAAAUUUGUGAAUAUAAAAUGAAUGUUACUAAUAAGAUGAGUCAAAUAAUUAAUUGUGUACCAGAAAUAUUUAUUGUGUCUAUUAUGAUAUAAUAAUAAUGUAAUAUAAACAACAUCAGGUUUAUUAACUGAAUUCUGUUUCAGACAUUAAAUUCCUCUCAUUAUACAUUUUACAUACAAAUGUGAUUAGAAAUGAUGUAAAAGCAUUUUCCAAUGGAUAAAGAAGAACAUUUUGUGAUCAUUUUCAUUAAGUUCCAUUUCUAAAGGAAUAAGAUCAAUUGAAAAAAAUUACAUAAAAUGGUAAUAAAGUGAAUUUAAGACCACUGUUGACUUUUAGAAAUUAUAAACACUGUAGUUGAACAAUAUUGAUAUCUUGAUGUGCUAUGUAUAUAUGGAGAUAACUAAAAUAUAUGAUGAUUUUGAAUGUACCAGUAGUAUAGAUAUUUCAAUAGUUAUGAUUGUUAUUAUUUUGACGUAUGAUGAAUUACAUGUGUAUUGUGUAUAUAUAUAUAUAUCAUAAUUAAAAUUAUUUGUCAUAAAUACAUUUAUGUCUAAAAUUUGAAAUUGGCUUAAUUAUUUUCUCACAAACAUAAAUUUCAUUCAGAGAUAUUAUUAAGUUGAUGUUUUCCUAAGAGAGACAAAAUAUUUACACCACCAAUACUUAAAGAUACAUUAUGGA